UACAUCGAGAAGGUGCGAGCGCUCGAGCAGGUCAACCAGGAGCUGGAGGAGCACAUCCGAGUCUAUCUCGACAAGAAGGCGGCCAGCGUGGGCAGCUGGGGAGCGCUGCGGGAGAACUGGGAGGCGAUUUACCACCAGGUGGGUGAAGCAGUUCUCGAAAAUGCUCGUCUUAUGCUGCACACCGAGAACAUUCAAGCCUGUGCUGAAGAUUUUAAAGACAGAUAUGAAAAUGAGCAGCCAUUCAGAAAGGCAGUGGAAGAUGAAAUUAAUUCCCUAUAUAAAGUGAUUGAUGAUGCAAAUUUAACUAAAAUGGAUCUGGAGAGUCAGAUAGAGAGCAUGAAGGAAGAACUAACUUUGCUGUCAAAGAAUCAUGAAGAAGAUGUGAAAGUACUAUACAAGCAGCUUGCUGGAUCUCAGCUGGAAGAACUUGAUGUACCCCUGGGAAGUGGCCUGGAUGACAUUCUCGAAAAAAUCAGAAUCCACUGGGAGAGAGACAUUGAAAAGAAUCGUGCUGAGACAGGUGCCCUGCUCCGUACCAAGCAACAGGCUGAAACGACGGCUGCCGUGCGAACCCAGGAGGAAGAGCUGGUGGAGGGCCUCAGAACCGAGUUCCAUGAAACUGCCUGCAAAAUACAGAGCUUGCAAGCAGAAACUGAAUCUUUGAGAACCUUGAAGAGGGGUCUGGAGAACUCUUUAUACGACGCCAAGCACUGGCACGACAUUGAACUGCAGAACCUAGGCUCUGUCAUCUCCAAGCUAGAGGCAGAGAUGGGAGAAAUCAAAGUAGAAACUGAGCAGCAGCAGCGGGAUCGUGAAAAUCUGCUGACCAGCAAACAACAGCUGGAGAAAGACAUUGCUGCAUAUCACUGUCUUCUGGAUGGAGAGCAAAGCAG